CAUAAUCUCGACGAUUCCUGGCAUCAACACAAUUUUAGCCGUCCAAAACUUUAAAAUGUCUUCAUCAGUCGCUUAUCAAUCAAAAUCACUAUUAUCAACAUCAAAUCUAACUCCAUUAUCCUCCAUAUUAAAUACACCCUUUAAAAUUAUGAAGUUAGGAUAUGAAUCUGCUGAACUGGGAACCAAUUUGAAGAAAAAGGGCUCGAAUUUCAACCCUUUUUUCUGAUCACCGUUCAUUGCAUACCAGGAUUACUUGUUGAGCAUCUAGCCUGAUUCAUUAAGCAACCCUGAAUUUUUGGCUAUUGGAUAAUCCAGCAUGGGUUAUAUACAUGUUGAUGAUGAAAACAUUCAGCAGACUGAUACUCAAUCUUCUUCUCUAAUCUGUCCUAGUGAUGUCAGUUCAUACAAAUGGUAUCAGAGCGGUACGGUCCUCGGUGGCCAAGCUACUGUUGAACGUGAAGCUUUGGUGGUGGUGAACAACAAACUGUUUUCACAACAGUUUGAAGCCAAAAUGCAGGAGAUUACAAAGAAGUUGUGCGAAGACAUUAAAGGAAUUAUCGGCGAGGCGUUAGCUCCACUCAGAUGGGAGAUAGCCUUGCUCCGAGAAGAGCUCAAGGCGGAGGAAGAAACUGAAAUCAGCCACCAGGUUAAGUCAGCAACCACUGAUUUUCAACCUUCAGGUGAGGAAGUAAUUGAAAAUUCUCAAUUAACAUCAUCCUCACCUAAGCUUGAGAGAAGGAAGUGGUCACCGGUGUGUGAGACACCAGAUCCGAAGAAGACAGGGUUUGGUAGUCUUGGUGGAAAUAUUUGCAAUGACAAAAAUGGAGUAUCCGGUGGUAGUGGACGAAGUCAUAUUGUGGGAGAAGGCCAACUUGAUAGAGGGAGGAAUUUCGCAAAGGGAGAUUUCGGUGGUGGAUUCACCGGCGGAGGACAAGGUAGUUUCGCUGGCCAAUCUAAUGGAGUCCUUGUUGGUGGUAGAUUCGGCAAUGACCUAAAUCUAAAGGGAGGAUUAUUUAAGAGGGGAGGUGCUGGGGGCUCUGGAUCAGGUGGUGGUCCCGGUAUUAGUAGCGGUGGGAGUUCUGAAGAUGGCAGUAGAUCUGGUGGUGGUCUCUGUAGUGUUGAUGAGUGGAUUGACGAUGAAGAUGGAAGUGCUGGUGGCGGGGACGAUCUAAAUCGCGGCCUCAAACUCAGGCGAGAAGACAUGCAGGGCAGAUCUAGAUAUUAUUCCGGUGAGAAUGCCCGUUUUCAGCAUACUGGAGGCGCUCGCCGAGGUCUUCCCGAAAAUUUUGUCGGAGAUAGAACUUGGUGGUACCUCAGGCUAGACUCUAUGUUAAAGUCAGGGAACCAGAGAAAUCUCGAAACCUCUACAACCUUGGAGAAGAAAGUGGAAAUUCUGGAUUAUGGUGGAAGGGGUAACAUUGUAAAUCACUAUGUAGAUGAGUCAGCAGAUUACUGUGCAAAGGGAAAAGAGCAACUGGGACCACGUGCAUUUAAAUGUGAAGGGAAAAUCCACAACAAUUUUAUUAAAGUUGCUGAUGCAAUGUCAACUGGGCCUUUUCAAACUAAGCCCAAUUACUCCAACCAAGUUCAAGAAUCUACAUAUUUUAAUUCUCAGCUUAAAAGUUUGGCAACCAGAAAAGGAAGAGAAAUCAUUCUUCAGGCUUUCAAUUGGGAGUCCCAUAAAUAUGACUGGUGGAGUAACUUAGAGCGAAAGAUGCCUGAUAUUGCCAAAUCUGGGUUCACAUCUGCAUGGUUGCCACCUGCAUCUCAAUCCUUGUCUCUUGAAGGUUACCUUCCACAGGAUCUGUAUUCACUUAAAUCUGCAUAUGGUUCUGAGCACCUACUGAAAGCGUUACUUCAAAAAAUGAAGCAGCUCAAAGUCAGAGCCAUGGCUGACAUUGUAAUCAAUCAUCGUGUUGGGACCACUAAGGGUCAUGGAGGGAUGUACAACCGCUAUGAUGGAAUUCCAUUACCAUGGGAUGAACAUGCUGUAACAUCUUGUACUGGUGGAUUGGGCAAUCGAAGUACUGGUGACAGUUUUAAUGGUGUUCCAAAUGUUGAUCAUACACAAUCCUUUGUCCGAAAAGAUAUCAUUGAAUGGCUGAGGUGGCUGCGGAACAAGGUUGGCUUCCAAGACAUGCGGUUUGAUUUUGCAAGAGGUUAUGCAGCAAAAUAUGUGAAGGAAUACAUUGAAGGUGCAAAGCCGGUGUUUUCUAUUGGAGAAUUUUGGGAUUCUUGUAAUUACCAUAAUAGUCGCCUGGCCUACAACCAAGAUAGUCAUAGACAACGGAUCAUCAAUUGGAUCGAUGCUACAGGACAACUUGCCACUGCAUUUGACUUCACGACAAAAGGAAUUUUGCAGGAAGCUGUCAAGGGAGAAUACUGGCGUCUUCGAGAUGCCCAGGGAAAGCCACCUGGUGUGAUGGGGUGGUGGCCUUCAAGGGCUGUUACAUUCCUGGAAAAUCAUGACACGGGCUCAACGCAGGAACAUUGGCCCUUCCCGGCAAAGCACAUUAUGGAGGGCUAUGCAUAUAAUCUCACACACCCAGGUAUACCAACCAUAUUCUACGAUCAUUUCUAUGACUGGGGUACCUCCAUCCAUGAUCAGAUUGUGAAGCUGAUCGACAUCCGAAAGCGGCAGGAUAUUCAUAGUCGGUCGUCUGUUAGGAUACUUGAAGCUCAACCAAGUCUCUACUCUGCAAUGAUAGGAGAGAAGGUAAGUAUGAAGAUUGGAGAUGGUUCAUGGUGCCCACUUGGCAAGGAAUGGAAACUUGCAGCUUCUGGCCAUAGAUAUGCUGUGUGGUAUAAAGAGAACUAAAAAGUAACAUGAAUAAGAUGGAGUUUCUUUGACCAUCUUUUCUAUAUUAUUACCACCUUCAAAAUUGCUUCAGAAUAAUCUCAAUUAUUAAGGUUUUAUUUUCAUAUUAAAUUAACCGUAGAACUAAUUGAAAAAGCUUGUAAAAAAAUCGGAUUCAUCGUUUCCCCGUCUAUGUAUUGUAUGGGUGCACUUAGCUAAUAAACUCUAGUUAGUAGUCGUCCUUUAUAAACUUGUAAAAUAAGGUUGAUGGUACAUUAAUUGAUAGCUGCCUCUUCCAUGCAUCAAACCUCAUUGGGGGGGAGGGGGGGGGGGGGUUUGAAGGGAGGAGGAUAGAUUGUAUUGUUGUACAGGGAUCAUGUGAGAAGGGAUUAACGACAUUUUACCUUAUGAAAUUUUCUACUUUCAAUUAUAAAUUGAGUAUAUAUUGUUCUUGUUGACCCUGUUAUAUACAAAGUGGCGACAAUUUGCAAGUUCCAAUAAAAAAGGGGAGAUAAGGAGCCUGAGUUAUCUUGAACGGCUAAUAUGCAUGUUGGGCUUACAUCUUCAACUGCUUGAGGGAAUAAAGGGGAAUUAGUUACAAAGAGGCGUGAGUUGGACAACUUCUAAGGGAGACUUGUCAACGGCUAAAAGGGUUAUUUCUAGGGUAUAUAUAUGUAUUUCGUAACCUAAUUUAUAUUUUCCUUAUAGCUGUUAUUACUCUGAAUACUCCUAACCUACAAUAUUCUCUCUCUCCCUCAUAUUCUUUCAUAAAACCCUUAUUAAUAUUAUAUAAAACUACUGUAACAAUCAUUGUACUCAAGUUCUUGUAUUGACGAUGAUAUCUUUAUAUUGGAUUGAUGAUCAAGAGUAUAA